UCACUCCAAAAGGAGAGGGAGGAACAGAUUAAAGGAUCAAGUUUCAGGUCCUGCUGCAGCCACUAAGAAAGAAUAGCCAUGUGCCAGGUCACUCGCUGCAGCUUCCUGAGGUUCAUCCUGCUGGCCGCGUGUGGCUGGAAGGCAGCUACUGCUUUCCCCAAUGCCUCGCCACUACUCAACCAGAACUGGGGGAACACAGACCGACUCCUGCACCUGUACACGUCCACAGCAAGACAUAGCUUCCACCUGCAAAUCAACUCCAAUGGCCAUGUGGAUGGAAGCCCUCACCAAACCAUUUACAGUGCCCUGAUGAUCAAAUCUGAAGGUGCAGGCUAUGUGGUGAUAAAUGGUGUGAAAACUGGGCGCUUCCUCUGUAUGGAUAUUAAUGGCAAUAUCUUUGGAUCGCACUUCUUCAAUUAUGAGGACUGCACUUUCAGACAUUGGACCCUGGAAAAUGGCUACGAUGUCUACCAGUCUCCCAAGUACAAUUAUCUCGUCAGCCUAGGGAAAGCUAAGCAACCUCUAUUCCCCGGUAUGAAUCCACCACCGUACUCCCAAUUCUUGGCCAGAAGGAACGAAAUUCCUUUGGUCCAAUUCAACACGCCAAAACCUAGCAGACAUACGAGAAAUGCGAGUGUCGAUCCCUGUGGCAGCAUCAUCUCAGCUGGAAACGUCUCUGACGACCCAAAGGGACAAUCAUCCACGUAUCAUGGUGCAGUUGAUUCAAAUGCCGAAAAUGGAGACCCCAACGGCGCAACAUUCAGCAGGUGGUUUUCAAGCCCUAGGACCGAUAUCAAAACCUGAACCAAUUUGUAACAGUAACCUGCUUUCUGUCCUGACAAGGAAAUAAUCUGAACAAUUAUUUUAAAGUAUUUGAAAAAAUGCUUUAGGACUCUGAUACAGUUCACAGUAUCAGUUUAGAAUAAGGUUUUAAGAAAUAAUUUAUACAUAUUUUUAAAAUUCUGGAAUGUUUAGGUGUUUUUGUCUAAAAAAAAAGUUCAGCAACUUUUGGGGUGCCCUGGUUUUAACUUUUUGAAAUAUGGAAACCCUAGGCCAGGGGUCCCCCAAACUAAGGCCCCGGGGCCGGAUGUGGCCCAAUCGCCUUCUAAAUCCGGCCUGCGGACGGUCCAGGAAUCAGCAUGUUUUUACAUGAAUAGAGUGUGUCCUUGUAUUUAAAAUGCAUCUCUGGGUUAUUCGUGGGGCCUGCCUGGUGUUUUUACAUGGUUAGAAUGUGUGCUUUUAUUUAAAAUGCAUCUCUGGGUUAUUUGUGGGGCAUAGGAAUUUGUUCAUAUUUUUUUCCAAAAUAUAGUCCGGCCCCCCACAAGGUCUGAGGGACAGUGGACUGGCCCCCUGCUGAAAAAGUUUGCUGACCCCUGGCCUAGGCUAAACAGUACUGAAUCAGAAUAACCCAUAGUCUGACAAUAUAAGGCAGCUUCAUAUGUCAAGAACUUGUAUUGGAAGGAGCCAUAACUCAAACACAUGCCUAGCAUUUAGAAGGGACAAUUUUGUAAUGUCCAGUAUCCCCAAGAGUUGUUGCCUGACAGGUAGAUAUAGCAUGGGGUGAGAUGGACCAAUGGUCUGAUCUUGUAUAAAAUACAUCACUUUUCCUCCCUUACUUCUCUCCUUCUCUACUAUGCUGCAACGUUUACAAUCAUUUGUCCACUAUGUUUAACCAUCUCAUAUUAAGAGCAGAAUACGGUAUAACAAAUAUGAAUAUACUUCUCUCCUGUGCAAACCAUUGCCAUAAUGUAAGGGAUUAUUUGAAUAUCCCCACAUGAAAUGAAGCAGUGUAAGCGUGCCAGAUUGGCUACUAAACCAUUAUAAUCUGAAACAGAGCAAAACUUGGAACAACUUCAGCUACAGCUGAAUCGGAACCAGGAAACGUAGCAAAUUAAGUGCCUGGUUCUGUUUGCAAGGACCAAAUUUUUCUUGACUGAAGCUGUGGGCGAAUAUAUAAGCCAUAUAAAUCAUGGAUGCCACGACGAGGAAGAGAGAAACAAACGUCUGCCUGGGGUUUUAAUAACACUUAGUGUAUGUAUUGUUGUCUUUGUCCAUGGAGUUUUCUUGGCAGGGAUACUGGAGUGGCUUGCCAGUUCCUUCUCCAGGUGGAUCACGUUUAGUCAAAACUCUCCACUAUGACCUGUCCAUCUUGGGUGGCCCUGCACGGCAUAGCUCAUAGCUUCUCUGAGUUAUUCAAGCCCCUUCGCCAUGACAAGGCAUUGAUCCAUGAAGGGGGAUCUUUGAGGGCACUAGGAGAAGGGGACAACAGAGGACGAGAUGGUUGGACAGUGUUCUCGAAGCUACGAACAUGCGUUUGACCAAACUGCGGGAGGCAGUGCAAGACAGGAGUGCCUGGCGUGCUCUGGUCCAUGGGGUCACGAAGAGUCGGACACGACUAAACGACUAAACAACAACAACAGUGUAUGUAUUGGGGGAGGGAUACAAAGCAAAUACAUUUGUUCCAGCCCUAAUGUUUUUGUAGUCUUUCAAGCUCUGAAUCUUUGGCGUAGGGUAAAGAGAUAGCAAGUUAAUACUACCACAAUGGAACAUCUUUCCUUCAACUUACAUAAUCCUGCUGAGUUCUAAGAAACAAGCCAAGCUACAUGAUCAGCAGAAUUAUAUGACGGAGCUCUUAGUGGAGACAGUAUCACUUCAGACUGCAAGUUAAAAAUUACAUGUUUGAAUGCUCAUCCGCCUUUUAAAAUCUGUUGACAUAUCCCUUGCUCUUUGAAUUAUAGCCAACUGUCAUGCUCAAAGUAGAAACACUGAAAUCUGUAGUCUUUAGUUAAGUCCACAGAUUUCUGCGUGCAGACUCCUGAGUAUGACUUAAUUGGAUGCCACCCAUUAUAUAAGUGAAAUAAACCCAGAUUCUCCACAUCUGAUGUACACAUUUUGUUCACCUCUGCAAAAGCUAUCCCAGGGGCUCCCAUGGGGUGCUUCAACACUUCAAGCUGAUUCUCUUACUUUCUUCAAAUCUCUUGAAAGUGCAAGUAGGGAAAAUAAGCCUACAAAGAUGCUGGAGAGAUUUCACACUUUUCCUUAGCGCACUGUAAUAACCUAGAGGGCUUUUCAGAAGGGCUUUUUGUUUGCACUGAGCUGUGAACUCUUUAAGAUACUAGACCUUAUUAAUAAUGAGACAAUUUUGCUGACCUGUUCUUAGGAUAAGGGUGCCAGACAAUCAUGGUCAUAUUUACUCAGAAGUAGGUCCCACCGUAGUCAUCGGAAUUUACUCCCACAGAAGUAUGCGUGAUUGUGGCCCCGAUGCUCAAUUCUAAGGAAACAUUGAUAUUAUACUGCAGGACUGGCUCCCUGCCUAGCACUAUUAGAUUGUAUAAAGAGGAGGUUUCAAGGUAUGCUUUCCCUGUUAUGAAUGAUUAUUUCCCACACUAUUAAAAACUACAGGACUCUUACAUCACUGGAAAAUGUAGAAUGGCUUUCUCCAUAGUUGGAUAUUCCCUUUCUCAAACAACAAGGGAAUUGUUGAAGAAAAAAAAGAACCCCUGGUUGUUUCCCAGCUAAUAGAGAAGAUUUGGUUAAUGCGUUUUAUGUUGAUCUAUUUAUUUAUUUAUUUAUUUAUUUGAAUUCUUCGCCACCUUUUAAGAGUAUUUAUGAAUAUUUAUAAUGAUU